ACGUCUUGUAGCAUGGCGACUUACCGAGCGGAAGAGCGUUGGAUUGAACGACAUGGACCGAGUGCUAGUGCUGGGGACGGUUGCCAAUCUCUGUACUGCGUCUGCGAGCGGUGGGCUUAUUUUGUGCUCAAAGAAUUGGCGCCUACUCAUUGAAUUCUAUUUCGCAGUGUUGUACCUCUACGACGGCAUCCUCACCCGGCCUUCUCCGACAGUGCCGAGCUUAUAUGGUGCCGCAAGUUCACACCCGCGAGUAUUCUGUACAUCGUGGACAGAUACCUCAUGCUUCCUUGGGUUGUCCUGCAAUGUGCAGCACACAUUGCAAGACUGUAAUGUAAGCUCUUCCUCUGGCUUCGCGCCGGACAGGGCUGCCCUCUCUGCCCUCCGCGUUUUCACUCUUCUAUGGCUUCAGCUGGAAAUAACCAGCUCUCGUGACCUCCGUCGUAUUGCUUCAAUUCAGCACAGAUGUUUACACGUGGGCUCGGUACCGACUGCAAACUCUGCCGUCUCCACUGUAUUGUGCGAUGGAUGACACUGUCCCGAUCGCUCUUGGGCAUCGCAUCGAAGCCCACACAGCGACCUAUCAUUUCUAUGCCAUAUUCGGGCAGACGGACUUGUAGGAAAUUACGGGACACGCAUGAGGAACAGUGAUGACCUCGGCGAACUCAGAAUUCCGGUCUGCUCGCAGUUACAACGAAC